AUGGCCUUCUUCGCGGAUAGCGGCCUCACAAAACCCGGGGGCGCCGCUGCAAUAGCCAAGGAACCGCAACUCCUCUGCUCCAAUGUGGAGAAAACCUUAAAGGCACGCCUUGCCCAGCUCCGCGACACGGGACUCUCCCCGCCACAGAUCUCCGGUCUCAUCGCCAUCACCCCCCAUGUCUUUCGGUCUAAGAGCAUGGUCCGCCGCCUCCCAUUCUACCUAUCUUUCUUGGGCUCCUACGACGAGGUGCAUAGCGCCCUCAGAAGUAGCCCCUUCCUCCUCGCGCGAGACCUGGAGUGUGUGGUCAAACCCAACAUGGCGUUCCUGCUGCAGUGUGGCCUAACACACUCUGAUAUUGCCAAGUUCAUUUUUUUUGAUCGUAUUGAAGCCGGAGCGUCUCAAGGAAACUCAGGUAUGUUCAAGCAUGCUCUCAGUGCCAUCAGCGACAUCAGCCCUGAGAGGAUCGAUGCAAAGCUGGAUUUCUUGAAGAAGCUUCUUGGAUGCUCUGACAACGAGUUGGCAUUGCAGUCCGCAAGUUAG